ACAACUGUUGAUAUAGUAGUUCAUUACACCUCAACAUCUCACGUAGAUACACAUUUGAGGCGUACAGGCAACACAAUUAAAUAGGGGUAAAUUACCUAGACUAUGUAGAAUGCCAAAAUUUUCAGGUAGAACGUGUGUGCCACGGGAAGUUGUCAAAGGCUCAGUAGUCCUCGUGCUAGCUAAGUUCAAGGUUGACAAGAACGAGAUUGCAAGGCUGUCGUGUUUAGAAUGUUUCCUACCAGCAGCUGCUUAGAUUUAUGGAUGGAUAAUUCACUGUGAUGAGUUAACCCGCGUAGUUUUACAAACAUUGAUUCUUCAUUUUCAAGAGACCAGAUUCAUCAAGAGCAAAAUGUCAAUUCUUUACAGUGUAGUAGCAAGAGGCACAACUGUGCUUGCCAAGUAUGCCGCAUGUGCUGGAAACUUUGCUGAAGUCACUGAGAAGAUCCUGGCAAAAAUUUCACCAGAGAACCAUAAACUGACUUAUUCACAUGAUGCAUACUUGUUUCAUUACAUAUGUGAAGAUAGAAUCAUAUACAUGUGUAUUACAGAUGAUGAAUUUGAAAGAAUAAGAGCAUUCCAGUUCCUAGCUGAGAUAAAGCAGAGAUUCCAGUUAACAUAUGGCGCAAGGGCAAGCACUGCCCUAGCAUAUGGAAUGAACAAUGAGUUCGCACCUGUCUUAGCAAAUGAGAUGAGACAUUAUUCAGAAUCGAAGGAGAUCGAUACUAUGUCUAGAGUCCGUGGUGAUUUAAAUGAUCUGAAAGAUAUUAUGGUAAAAAAUAUAGAAAAUGUUGCACGAAGAGGGGAAAGGCUGGAGCUUCUGGUGAACAAGACUGAAAAUCUCAGCGCAAAUUCUGUCACUUUCCGGAAAACUAGCCGAAAUCUUGCAAGGUCAAUGUUCUGGAAGAAUGUCAAACUCUAUGUUAUUAUUGGUGUAGUUAUUACGGUUCUGAUUUACUUCAUCAUAUCAAUGGCAUGUGGUGGUUUGGCAUGGCAGAACUGUGUGGGCAGUUAGAUGGAUCACGUUUGUGAGACAGUCAAACAGGAGAUUAAAAUACAUGAUGAAGAUGUGGCAAAUCAUUAAAUUCUUGCCAUAUCAGACUGAAAAGUGAAAGAAUGACAUGUUGAAGUGUUCCACACUUAAAAGUUUUAUAGAUGUUUUCAUAUCACAUUGUAUAUUAAUAGCUUUCUGGUUUCUGCCCGAUGAAAUCCAUUUUGUGACUGUUGUAAUAUAUAUAUAUAUAUAUAUAUAUAUAUAUAUAUAAAAACAAAGAUGAUGUGACUUACCAAAUGAAAGUGCUGGCAGGUCGACAGACACACAAACAUAAACACAAAAUUCAAGCUUUCGCAACAAACUGUUGCCUCAUCAGGAAAGAGGGAAGGAGAGGGAAAGACGAAAGGAUGUGGGUUUUAAGGGAGAGGGUAAGGAGUCAUUCCAAUCCCGGGAGCGGAAAGACUUACCUUAGGGGGAAAAAAGGACGGGUAUACACUCGCGCACACACACACAUAUCCAUCCACACAUAUACAGACACAAGCAGACAUAUUUAAAGAUAAAGUGAAAACUCUUUAUCUUUAAAUAUGUCUGCUUGUGUCUGUAUAUGUGUGGAUGGAUAUGUGUGUGUGUGCGCGAGUGUAUACCCGUCCUUUUUUCCCCCUAAGGUAAGUCUUUCCGCUCCCGGGAUUGGAAUGACUCCUUACCCUCUCCCUUAAAACCCACAUCCUUUCGUCUUUCCCUCUCCUUCCCUCUUUCCUGAUGAGGCAACAGUUUGUUGCGAAAGCUUGAAUUUUGUGUUUAUGUUUGUGUUUGUUUGUGUGUCUGUCGACCUGCCAGCACUUUCAUUUGGUAAGUCACAUCAUCUUUGUUUUUAGAUAUAUAUUUCCUACGUGGAAUGUUUCCCUCUAUUAUAACUAUAUAUAUAUAUAUAUAUAUAUAUAUAUAUAUAUAUGUAUGUGUGUGUGUGUGUGUGUGUGUGUGUGUGUGUGUGUGUGUGUGUGUCACUAUCAGUAGUAAAUUCCAUAUUUGUUGUAUGCAGCAAAAUUCCAGAGUAAGAGAAUGUGUAAAAGUAAUUAAAUUUUUGAAACUGGUCACUGCUCACAGUAUAGAUGAAGCCACGAGCAAAAUGAAGAAAAGAAUAUGCUGUGUCAGAAGUGUCCACUUUAGAUUUUUACAGUGCUCCUAAAAUGGUCGAGGGAGCAGUGGCAAAAGGCAAGAAUCCUUUUCAGUUAGCAUGUCAAGUAGAAGCCAGCUGCUAUCUUUAGAUGAAAGAAAAGAAUCAUAAAAUGUCUUUAAAGCUUUGCUGUCAAAGUGUGUUGUAACAUUUAAAAUUUAAUCUGUGAAUUAUUUAGAUUUGUAUGGCUGCAAAUACUAGUAACACUUCAUCAACAAACUCUUUGACAAAGUACAGCAUUGUUCUUUCUAUGUGGUUUCAUCUUUAUUUAUAUAAGUUAAUUAUUGAUGGCAAGAGAUCCAGGUUGUGUUGUGCUACGCAUACCACAUGAACCUGUUUGAAACAGUCUCAGAGAAGUUAUCUGUGUUAAUAGCUAUGGGUAAGAUUUGUGUACAGAUCACAUGUUUUCUGUAGGACAUAGGUUUUACCAUCUGGUUCUCUGGGAAGAACUAGUUAAUUUGGAACAACCAGAAACACUCACAGGUUUCAGUGCAUUCUGUUUCUCACCAUGGUUUUAUCUGUGAGAUGAAUGUUGAUGCUUGUUUGUUAACUGUCAUGUGUCUUAACAGUGGUCUAAAGAAAAAUAUUUUAUUAGCAGUGAUCAGAUGUAAUAUUUGCUUACAAUACAGUUUGUCUGUUUUAUUAUUAUAGCAGCUUGUUUUCAAUUUUUGUUAGUAAAAGUAUGCUUUUAAAAGUG